AUGCAAUUACCAUUAACAGAUAUAACAGCCGGUGGAGCAACUGCAUUUACGCGUCUAGGUGCACGCAUAUGGCCAAAAAGAGGAGCAGCUGCAUUUUGGUGGAAUCUUUUACCCAACGGAGAUGGAGAUUUACGUACACGGCACGCCGCCUGUCCAGUUUUGGCAGGCUCUAAGUGGGUCAUGAAUCUAUGGUUUCAUGAACGUGGACAAGAGUUUAUUCGACCCUGUGAACUAGAGCGUGGUGCAACGGAGGGCCAGGACGACUUUUAA